CCCCUCUGGAAUUCCAGAAGGAGGAUUCGCUCCGUCGGGCGACGUGGGAGAAGAACCUGCGGCUGGUGACGCUCCACAACCUGGAGCAUUCCCUGGGAAUCCGCUCCUACACCCUGGGAAUGAACCACCUGGGGGACAUGACCAGUGAGGAGGUGGCGGCGGCGCUGACGGGGCUCCGGGUGGCUCCUCGUCCACGUGGGAACUCGGCAUUCCCGGCCCGGCCGGUCGGGAACGUCCCGGAGGAGAUGGAUUGGCGGGAGAAGGGAUGUGUCACCGAGGUGAAGAACCAGGGCGCCUGCGGAUCCUGCUGGGCCUUCAGCGCCGUGGGAGCUCUGGAAGCGCAGGUGAAGCUGAAAACCGGGAAUCUGGUGUCCCUGAGCACCCAGAACCUGGUGGAUUGCUCCGGGAUGUACGGGAACAAGGGCUGUGCCGGCGGCUACAUGACCGAGGCCUUCCAGUACAUCAUCGACAACCACGGCAUCGAAUCCGAGGAAUCCUAUCCCUACACGGCCCAGGUGGGAGCUCGGGAAGCGCGGCUUUCCCGGGAAUUUCCCCAGGGCGUCGCGG